UCCACACUCUUUACCUUCCUCUAGAACUGUGCUGGGCAUCGUUGCGCGUCAAAACAUUGAGUCUAUGCACGACUUCCCUGGGCCCAGGAGAGCAGAGACAAGAGCCUGGAAGACAAGAAGCUGAGAGGACAUUUUCACCUUGGAAGAAGCCCAAAUGAACGUUUAAAAUUGGCACUGUCACGAAGAAAACGAGGAGGUGCGACGUUUUUCAGGCAACGCGUAGGUUCCUUUUUCUCCCCCACAAAGGUGUUUGCCUCCCGACCCACCGCCCACCACGGCCCUCACCUGUGUGCUGCGGUGCUUCCCUUGUGAGCCGACCUGGGCCGGCAGUCCCUUCUUGCACCGCCCGCCAACCCCGCCCAUGGUCAGAAUGACGCGCUCCAAGACCUUCCAAGCCUACCUGCCGAGCUGCCAUCGGACGUACAGCUGCAUCCAUUGCCGGGCUCACCUAGCCAACCACGACGAGCUCAUCUCCAAGUCGUUCCAGGGCAGCCAGGGCAGAGCCUACCUGUUCAACUCUGUGGUGAACGUGGGGUGUGGUCCUGCAGAGGAGAGAGUUCUGCUUACAGGCCUGCACGCUGUAGCAGAUAUCUACUGUGAGAACUGCAAGACCACCCUGGGCUGGAAAUAUGAACAUGCCUUUGAGAGCAGUCAGAAGUAUAAAGAGGGCAAGUUCAUCAUCGAGCUGGCCCACAUGAUCAAGGACAACGGCUGGGACUGAGCGACGAGCCCGCCAGGACACAAACACAGUGGAAGGGGAGAGGGUUGGGUGAAUGGAUGGAUGGUUGGGGAGGGCGGGGAGGGUGUUAGGGGGUUGUAGUGGGUGAGUGUGUGACUUUGGUUUGGCUGAUAUACCAUUAACCUCUGUAAGUCCCUGCCCAUUCCUGACCCCCCCCCCACUCCAAUGACGCCUUCUCGCACACACUGACACUCGCAUGCCUGAAGUCGCCGACAUCUAAGCUGGGAGCUGCGGUAGAUGACCUUUUGACCGCGAAUGAGACGACAGGUCUCCUUUUCUUACUGAAACCUGAUUCCGGAUCUUUAUGAUGUUCGAACACCAAAACCAACUCAGAGGAAACGCAUCGGGCAGUCAGCCUUGCUUGGCUGUUCUGCCCCCCACCCCCCGUAGCUAGCGAUGACCUAAGAUGAUUAUAGCAAAUCGACAUGAUUGGGGCGGUGCCAGCUGGGCCACUGAUGACGCUUGGCACAGACAUCCGAGCACAGCGGGCGGGCGGGGAGAUUGACGCUCAGCGGGGCCGUUCACUCAACAUGAAGAGGCGGGGCAAGGGAAAGAUGGUGCUCCAGUCGUGCGGGUGCUUCGACGGCUUCUGGCUGGGUCCAGCUCAGGGCAGCCAAAUUAAAAGACACGUUAGCUCGACCGUCAUCAGCUUUUUGUCAAAUCUUGCUGUUUGGUUUGAAACGCUCAAAAGUGCCCUGCAGAUUUCUGGUGGUUCCCAAAGUCUUGUUGUAGGCUCAAAAGACAAGAAAGCUUCAGUUGGAUGGCGGGCGAUGCAAAACUGACUGCGCUUCACAGAAAUGGCCACAGUUAUGACAAGUUUCAUGGGCUUAUCGUGUUUCUGAUUAUUUGCAGCAGCACAAUGAAGUGCGGUGUGGAUGCUAAAAAGCUAAUAAUCCAACAUGGUGGUGUGCCGUGUCUGUGCAAUCUCACUUCAGAGGAAAUUACUUCUUUGACCUGGACUGACUUUAGCGGACAUGACUUUUGCGUUCAUAGACAUCAAACUCACACAUGCACACUCAAACACAUAUGUACGAGGACCUGCUAUGGACUUCCAGGGCAAUGAUCAGUAUCUCCUGGCGUAAUAUCCAGCUGUCGUUUUUUUUGUUUUUUAGUACCGUGUUGUCUUUUUUUGUUCUUUACACUCCAGUGGGUGACCUUUAUGUGUUCCAUCUCGUUUGCUGUUUAACUGCUGUCGCGUCUGAGUAGUCCUAACACUCCAUCAUGAAGCUGGCUACAUGAAGCGGUUUUGCUAGCAAGACCUGCGUGUUAGUCUCCGCAAUGCCCUGAGAUUGUUUUUUUCUUUUUUUUUCUUUCCUAUCUCUUGCCCGUACUCGAUAGUCCUCAUUGAAUCAACUCCUUCUCUGAUGGAAAUGUCCUUUUUUGUUUUUUUUUUUCCAAAUGAGAGAAUCCAUUAGACUUUCCAUCUUGCGGACACCACAAACAUACAGUAUGCAUGAGCUAAAGUGCCCAGUGGGCUUUGAGUCUCCGCUUCUUCCCAGCUGAGAGGGUUACUGCCAAUGGCACCGUUUCUGAUCCAUCUACACAAUGUCCAAAACAAAGCGGAUGUCAAUUACAAUCCAGAUGUAUGGCAGUAGAAUGUCUCAUCGUCCUUGUGACGGACUCUUUUGUUGACACUUGUUCCAACCUCUCCAGUUAGCAGCAGUAGGUCACAUUCAACCACAUCAUAACCAAAGAAAGCACCCAUCAACAUGAACCUGACCGAGCAAAAAAGAUCUCGUUUUGCUCGGGGGAAAAGUUGUGCAAAAACGAGGGUGUGUUUAGCUGAAAGCCAAGGCCGUGGAUAAAAUACUUGUCCGUCGUGUGUAUUUCGCAUCUUUUAUUUUGUAAACAACAGAUCUUAAUAUAUGAAUCUAUCGUUAUUUACGGCAUUUGCCGCGAGGCGUACCAUUCAUGUCAGCCUCCGUGUUACAGAAUGUAAAUAAUGUCAACAGGUCACGUUUUAUCCACAAGCCCCAUGAUGAUGAAUGAAUUGGAUUUGGGUCACGUCAGGCUUUCUCUCCGGUUGGCUGUACAAAAUGACUUUUUUUUUUACCCCAAAUGUUUGAAUUUUAACAUCUUUUGUAAAGAGGGAUGCUGAUGUUGACUUCAUGUAAUUGGAUCAUCAUCUAAUAAAAUGCACCUUGGUAUCUGGA